AUGAAUGACAUUCAGCCAGCUACCAAAAAGCUUACCACUAGAGCCGCCGUAGAGGACUACGUCGCAGGCUUCAAUGCUGACGAUUUUGCUCGUUUCAGUGGCUACUAUGCGAAAGAUGCGAUUCUCAACAUUCCUGCGCUUGAGGACAAGUCUUUGACUGGGUAUAUCGCUUGGCUCAAGGCUAUGCACACUAUGGUCUCGGAGGAGCUUAUUCCCCAAGACAUCAUUAUCGAACCAUCAGGAACGCAGGUUCACGUGAAUUACCACGUCCAAUUCAGAGGCCUUGGAGAUUUCAGGACGGAGAAUUUCAACGGGCGACUCGGUCCGGUUUCAAGAGGCACUGGCCCUCUCGUGCGUAUGUCAUUGACCUAUCAGCUCAACUGCGAUGGUCAUAUCACAGGAAUUGAAGUCAGCAAUUUUGCGCUGCUUGAACAGGUCUAG